AUGUACUGCUAUUGCUGUUAUCCAGCAAAACAGCCAUCCUGCUCCUACUCUCUAAGAGCACGCAAGGAGAAUCCUCUGAAAAGGAAAAAGAUGGACCAUGAAGAGCCUGAGCACCUGCUCAUGGAGAGGCCAAAGAAACGGAGGAGAACAGAGACAGAACAGAAGAAUGUGAAGAGACAGGAAACAAGAACACACACUAUGAAAAUAAGCAAAUCUUUGCAAAAAGUCCCGCUCUCACCUGAAACCCAGUCAGAGCCAUCCUGCUCCUACUCUCUAAGACCACGCAAGGAGAAUCCUCUAAAAAGGAAAAAGAUGGAUCUUCUUCAUGAAGAACCUGAGACCCAGCUCAUGGAGAUGCCAAAGAAACGGAGAAGAACAGAGACAGAAGAGAACAAUGUGACAAGACAGAAAACAGGAACACGUCCUGUGAAAAGAAUCAACUCUUCACAAAAAGGCUCGCCCUCAACUGAGACCCAGUCAGAGGCAUCCUGCUCCCCUAAUUUAAAACAAUUAAGGGAUCUUAUUAAUGAACAACCUGAGCUCCAGCCCGAGGAUAUGCCAGAGAAUUUUUCUCAACGCUACACUAUUGGAAAGCGACUGGGAAGAGGAGGCUACGCUACCGUCUAUGCAGGUGUUCGUAAGUCAGAUGGGAAAAAGGUGGCCAUUAAAUACAUGGUAAAGGACAUGGCGGAAUAUUACACCCUUCCUGGUGACACACGCAGUCUCCCUCUAGAGGUGGUGCUAAUGGACCUCGUGUGCAAACCACGUUGCAGUCCAUAUGUGAUAAAAAUGCUGGAAUGGUUCGAGACAUCUAAGGGCUUCCUCUUGAUCCUGGAGCGGCCCCACAAAUGUAUCACCCUCUACAAGUUCUGUAAACGUCAACAAGGCAGAAUAUCUGAAGAUCUGGCUCGAAUCAUCAUGUGGAAAGUAGUUCAGGCUGCAAUUCACUGCUGGAACAAUGGUGUGCUCCACCGAGACAUUAAAGAAGACAACAUUCUCCUGAACCCUGAGACCCUGGAAUUGAAGCUGAUAGAUUUUGGCUAUGCUUUCUUACUUAAGGACAAGCCCUACAAGGCAUUUGGAGGCCCUCCAAUUGUCCUCCCAACUGGUUGGAUAUUUCCAAAAAAUAUCAGGCCGGAAUCUGUCACCGUCUGGGAUCUUGGUGUUCUCCUCUACACCCUGACAUGUGGAGAAAAGCCUUUAUAUUGCCGCACCCCGUUCUUCAUCAAUGGGCUGUCUGACGCCUGCUGCAGUCUGUUAAACUGGUGUCUGCAAGAAGACAUUAAAAAACGACCAGUCUUGGAGCAGAUCCUCAAGCAUGACUGGUUCCGAGACAAGACUCCCUCCAGAAGAAGAAGAAGAAGAAGAAGAAGAAAGACAUAAAAGCAGUCAGGGGUUGCAGGGGUAGUGAGACUCUCCUCAGUAUCCUCAUGUGCAUGUGUCAAACUUUCCAACAAAGUCAUGAAGUGAUGUAAGUCGUGAAAUGGUAAUACACUUGGCUUUGUGUGUAAAUGCCUAAGUAUCCCACUGCCAGGUGUCAGUCAGCUCCCCCACAGUGGGAAAGAGGGGAGCGACACCAGCAGGUGGAGUAGAAUCUUAGCAGUAGAACAGCUACAGUACUUCAACAGUGUGCCCUAUGUGAAGAAUUAUGAUAAGUUCUCUAGAGCGUUCAAGCACACAAACUCAGAGAGAGGAUCCGACCUAGAGUGGAGAAUGACGAGCAAACCAAUGUUUUGUGUGUUAUUCUGCUAAUGUAGCAGGCUCAGUAGCGAACAGCGCACGGUGCAGUGAGGGAAACCCACUCAACCAGGUUUUCAGAGGUGUGGUGCAGUGGGGGAAGUUUGUGUGACAAAGACUCUUGAGUAGAUGACACCGAGGGAGAACUCGACCCGGUGGUGAGAUGAUGGAAGGGUGGAGAGAACCCAAGUACUGCCCCAGUAUGCGCGUUAGCAGAGUCCUGCUAAAUAAAGUAGAUUUAGGGAGUAAGUGUGCGAUAUGGCACCACUGGCAGCAUUUAUUAACAUGCUUGGUAGGCUAGACAGAGGGGAAUGUGAAAUGCUCAGAGGCACGUAAGGAGAAAACAACCUGGCAGGGAUGAAAUGUGAGUGCUGAUCUUGAGCAACAUCACAGAGCAGUUUGCGUAGUUAACUUGCACAGGUACUGCCACUGCAUGCCAGAUGAAGUGAAAUAUUAUAUUGCAAAUAGUGUUUCAUGCAUCAUUUUGUGAUUGUUGAAGUGUUUGCAUGUUUAAACAUGCACAGUAGAAGAUAACUGAUUUUUUACUGCCCCUCACUCCUAGGAGUGGUGACAUAACAUCCAUGAAUUCAUCCCUGAGACAAUAAAGCUUGAUAGCAGUUUAUUGGCUAUGUCUUCAUUUUGAUUUUGAUGUGUAGAAAACUUUUCAGAUGUGCUGGCAUUCUUGAAGUGAUCUAUACAGGACAGAUGAUUUGGCAGUUAAAGACACAGACCAUGGCAUGCAGUUUGUGAAAGCAUUUCA